UGCGCGCCCGCCCUGUGCCGCGGUACCAUGGCCCCCACUCGCCUGCUCGCGCUGCUGCUGCUGUUCCUCGUCGGCGCCGCCGCAGAGUCGAUCCGGGAGACGGAGGUCAUUGACCCUCAGGACCUCCUGGAAGGCCGGUACUUCUCUGGGGCACUACCAGAUGAUGAGGACGCUGGGGCACCCGGGCAGGAGCCUGGUGACUUUGAGCUGUCUGGCUCCGGAGAUCUGGAUGACGUGGAGGGGCCCAAGAUCGUCCCUGAAGUGGUCCAGUCCUCGGUGCCUCUAGAUAACCACAUCCCUGAGGAUGCUGGGCCUGGGAGCCAGCUUCCCACCAAGCCCAAGAAACUGGAGGAGAACGAGGUUGUCCCCAAGAAGAUCUCCCCCUUUGAGGAGGACGACGACAUGUCCAACAGGGUGUCCAUGUCCAGCACUGCCCAGAGCAGCAGCGUCUUUGAGCGGACCGAGGUCCUGGCGGCUCUGAUCGUGGGCGGCGUCGUGGGCAUCCUCUUUGCCGUCUUCCUGAUCCUGCUGCUGCUGUACCGCGUGAAGAAGAAGGACGAGGGCACCUACGACCUGGGCAAGAAGCCCAUCUACAAAAAAGCCCCCACCACCGAGUUCUACGCCUGAAGCGGCCUCCCGGCCCCGGCUUGGCUUUCAGCGGGGGAGGGAAGCCGAAGGAUUUUGAGCGUUAGGGUUGAGGGCGGCCAGGUGAACACUGACGCCCCAGUAGCUCCGGCUCCGAUGACCUUAAUGGCAGAAGAGGCAAAGUCUUCCUACUGUCCUGCCUAGUUCUUGAUUCUCCGAGACUCGGUUGCCCCGGCAGAAAAAUGGGUUUCAGCGUGGCCUUUCUGAAGACAAGCCUGGGACUGGAUCGGUUUGUAAGUUCCAGAUCAGGAUCUGGACCAGGCUUCUCAGCACAGGUGUCUUCCAGAGCCCCUCUGAAGCCAGGCGGUAGGGGGCGCUGUGAGAGUCCUGGCUGGAGGAGCAGCCCCGGCAGCCGCCUCCUCCCGCCCUUUCACAUCUCUCCAGGACUUGCGAGAAGGCACGAAAACCACCCGCACCUUGCGCUGUGUCCAUCAGUGGGUACCCACGAUCCCACAGCGGGAUCGCUGUGCUGUGUCUUGGGCCGUUCUAAGCAAUUUCAAGUGACUUUUGGAAAUCAACCUUUUGUAUUCAGGGAGGGAGGGAGGGGAGAAGAGCUGAAAGUUCAUGCCGAAAUGGGUUUGUAGAAUAUUUGUAAAUCUAUUUUUAAUACGCGUGUGUGUUUUUAAUGGUUCAUUCCUCUGUGCGGAGUCCCCCUGCCCGGGCCAGAGCGUGGGGGCGCCUACAUGGUCUUCACUCCUGCACAUUUCCCCAGCACCUGCUAAGUUUGUAUUUAAUGGCUUGUUGUUCUUGGUUCUUGAAAAUGAGAAAAGAGAUGGAGAUAUGAUUUUAUUAUUUUUUUUUACUUUAUUUAUAGCUUCAGAUAGGGCCUCUCCUCCUGUCUUCUCUCCUGGUUUUAAACCUCCUUCCUCAGUAUUUCACCCUCUCCUGUUCAAGACUUAGGCCCUUUCUGGAGCUGCUUCCUCUAAGAAGUAGCUUUGGCUGAGACGUCAUUUUUUUUUUUUUUUUUUUUUUUAGCAAAUCCCAAGAUAUAACCCAGGGGAUGGUGGAGUAUUUGUCCCUGUGUUCUUGUAAUAUAUUCUUCUUCCUUGGUUCUAGAAAAAUAGAAAUAUAUAUUUUUUCAGGAGAUAGUGUGGUAUUUCCGGUUUGUGUUGGCUGGGUGGUUGAGUGAGUGGAGUUUUUGUGGCCGGUUAGCUUUUCUUUACCUCUUUCUCUUGUCCCAUUCUUGGUGCCUUCUCCUGAUUGCGCUGGGUGAGUUGAGGGUGCGGAUUCUGCUCCCUUUUUGCCUUCUGCUGGGGGCCCAGCUGGGCUCCUUUGGUUUGCUCCCUCCAAGCUCUAGGGCUGUCCACUACAGGACGCACAUGUGGCUGUUGAGAUUCAGGUCACUUCCAACCACAGUUGCACUGACCACAUCCUGUCUGUCACCACGUGUGGCUGCGGCUGUGAGCGUUUCCACCUAUUGGAAGGAAAUAAACUGGCUUAACCAGUUAUGGCCUCGGCUCUUCUGGGAUGACCCUUGUCCCCCCUGGGCAAGGGGAGGCCGGGGGGGAAGGGCUGAUCAGGCUCUUAUCUCCUGAGAGGAGAGGCUUGGUGGGUUAGCCUGGGCCACUGUGUCUUCUGACCCCACUGGCUGGGGUGGAGGUAGUCCCCUCCCUCGCUGCACUCAGCAGUCCUCGGCUCCCCCCAACACCCCAACCUGGGGUCCCAGCUGGCUGGGUCCUCUCUACCCCCACGUCCGCUUCCUCGUGCCAUGUUGGAGCGAGCCCCUCUGUGUAGCCAUUUCUCAUACUGUUGUCUGUUACUGAUUUUUUUUUUUUGAUAAAAAGAUAAUAAACCCUGAUACUUUCUA